AUGGAAUUUCUUGCUCCAAUAAGUCGCUACCAGCCUUCCUCUAGGGAGUUGGUAGCUACCAGCAAGUUUCUACCAGCCUACCUCCAGCCAGGUCUUCCUAGUCUGAAGCCAGGUCUUCCUAGUCUGAAGCCAGGUCUUCCUAGUCUGAAGCCAGGUCUUCCUAGUCUGAAGCCAGGUCUUCCUAAUCUGAAGCCAGGUCUUCCUAGUCUGAAGCCAGGUCUUCCUAGUCUGAAGCCAGGUCUUCCUAGUCUGAAGCCAGGUCUUCCUAGUCUGAAGCCAGGUCUUCCUAGUCUGAAGCCAGGUCUUUCUAGUCUGAAGCCAGGUCUUUCUAGUCUGAAGCCAGGUCUUUCUAGUCUGAAGCCAGGUCUUCCUAGUCUGAAGCCAGGUCUUUCUAGUCUGAAGCCAGGUCUUUCUAGUCUGAAGCCAGGUCUUCCUAGUCUGAAGCCAGGUCUUUCUAGUCUGAAGCCAGGUCUUUCUAGUCUGAAGCCAGGUCUUUCUAGUCUGAAGCCAGGUCUUCCUAGUCUGAAGCCAGGUCUUUCUAGUCUGAAGCCAGGUCUUUCUAGUCUGAAGCCAGGUCAUCCUAGUCUGAAGCCAGGUCAUCCUAGUCUGAAGCCAGACCUUCCUAGUCUGAAGGACUUCCUAGUCUGA